AUGAAAAUCAAUAUACUGGUCAUUGUUGCAUUCUCCUUUUUAAUCGCCGCGAGGUCACUACCAGUGAAACAAACGCUUAACUACGAGUCCAUAUUUAAUUUUGGAGAUUCUUUAAGCGACACCGGAAAUUUUCUCAUCUCCAGUGAUGUGAACUCUCCGUCCAUCGGUAGACCACCAUACGGUCAAACUUUCUUUAACCGUUCAACCGGCCGUUGCUCUGACGGACGUCUCAUCAUUGAUUUCAUUGCUGAGGCAAACGGAUUACCGUACGUUAUACCAUAUCUCCAAAGCGUGCGAACAAACUUUUCGGUGGAUUUCAAUAAAGGAGCAAAUUUUGCAGUGGCCGGAGCAACGGCGAAUGACUUUAACUUUUUGAAAGAAAGAGGUCUUUCAGUAACAUUGUUGACGAAUAAGACAUUGGAUGUUCAGCUUGAUUGGUUCAUGAAAUUGAAACCUUCUCUUUGUAAAACAAAGGCAGAUUGUGACCAAUAUUUUAAGAAAUCUCUGUUUUUCGUGGGAGAAAUUGGUGGAAACGAUUAUAAUUACCCUCUAUUAGCAUUUCGGAGUUAUAAACACGCCAUUGAUUUGGUACCAUCCGUCAUUAACAAGAUCAUCAACGUCACAAGUGUCUUGAUAGAGGAAGGUGCGGUGACGCUGGUGGUUCCGGGAAACCUUCCGAUUGGUUGUUCGGCGGUUCUGUUAGAGCGAUUCAGUGAUGAUAAUAGAUGGCUCUAUGACACAAGGAACCAUUGUCUUAAGCCGCUGAACAAUAUUGCCAAGCUUCACAAUGCUAAGCUCCAGGAAGGCCUUGCGACUUUAAGGCAAAAGUACACUCAUGCUAAGAUUAUCUAUGCUGAUUAUUACGGUUCAGCUAUGCAAUUCUUUAACUCACCUUCCAAAUACGGUUUUACUGGAAGUGUACUAAAGGCAUGUUGUGGAGGAGAAGAUGGAAGAUACAAUGCAAAACCAAACGUAAAGUGCGGCGGACAGGGUUCAACGACUUGUGAAAACCCAUCAACGUAUGCAAAUUGGGAUGGAAUCCACCUAACCGAGGCGGCAUACCGCCACAUUGCAACUGGUCUCAUCUCUGGCCGUUUCACCAAACCUUCUCUUAGUAACAGUUCAUCAUUUUCCAAGUUCUAA